AGCUCUAGUCUUUGUGGAUAACCAUGACAACCAACGAGGACAUGGAGCUGGAGGAUCAUCCAUUCUUACCUUCUGGGAUGCAAGGCUGUAUAAAAUGGCAGUUGGAUUUAUGCUUGCUCAUCCUUAUGGAUUUACACGAGUAAUGUCAAGCUACCGUUGGCCAAGAUAUUUUGUGAAUGGACAAGAUGUUAAUGAUUGGGUUGGACCACCAAAUAAUAAUGGAGUGACUAAAGAAGUAACUAUUAAUCCAGACACUACUUGUGGCAAUGACUGGGUCUGUGAACAUCGAUGGCGCCAAAUAAGAAACAUGGUUAUUUUCCGAAAUGUGGUUGAUGGCCAGCCUUUUCAAAACUGGUGGGAUAAUGGUAGCAACCAAGUGGCUUUUGGAAGAGGAAACAAAGGAUUCAUUGUCUUUAAUAAUGAUGACUG